AUGAUUUAUCUCCGGUUGUGCGUCGCAGUACUUCUGGUCCUAACAUCAGCUCACGGAUAUGGUGUGCCAGCACGAAAACCAUCUCGUUUGCACUUUCCGGUUGUGGAUGAGGAGCCGGUUCUGAGUCCAACCGAUGCUGAUUUGGCUAAAACAGUAGAAAAGCUCUCGAAAGUGGCAGAGCAUCUGAAAGAGAAAGUUAAGGAGAAGAAACUGGAACGGAAGGUAGAGGAAGCAGUCAAGACUGGGUACCCACCUUACGCACCUCCUGAAGAAAAACCAACGGAGCCACCAGCCGAGGCUCCAGCUGAGCCGCCAACCGAGGCCCCAGCUGAACCUCCUACUCAACCUCUUAAUCCUUAUGCACCUCCUGAAGAAAAACCAACUGAGCCACCAACCGAGGCUCCAACUGAACCACCAACCGAGGCUCCAACUGAACCACCAACCGAGGCUCCAACUGAGCCUCCUGCUCAACCUCUUAAUCCUUAUGCGCCUCCUGAAGAAAAACCAACUGAGCCACCAACCGAAGCUCCAACGCAAGCCUCAGAUGCGGAGACCGUCAAUCCUUAUGCACCCGCUAUGGAACAGCCCGAAACCCCCAGUCCUGCAGUGGAAGAGCCAACCACAGUUGUCACUCACCCUACUUUGCCACCAACAACCACGAUGAAGUAUGUUCUUAACCAUGAGGCAGCCAGGAAAUAUUGGGCAACAGCUACGUUCCCUACGACUACAGCAGCUCCAGCAACGACUGCGGCUCCAUUCGAAGACGUUCCUGCUCCUGUAGUACCCGAGGAGCCGAAACCGAACCCAUAUGGACCGCCCGUUGAACAGGCCCCACCUGUGGUCGAGGAGAUGGGACCAGUGGAGCCGGAAGUUAAACCAGUUGAGGAAGUUCCUGUGCAAGAAGCGGCGACGACUUCUGCCUAUGUUCUAAACGAAGACGCCGCUAAGAAAUACUGGGCAACAGCGAAGGUUCCAGAAAGCACGACAGUUCCAGUGUCGAUGCCUGCACAAGACGUAGUAACAGGCUACAGGGUACACACGAAGAAGCCAGUUGUCCCAAAAACAAAAAAGACAACGAAAGCUAAGCCAACGACCACUACUACAACAAUGGAACCACCUACGGAAGCGCCAACAAACCCACCUGAGGUCGCUCAAGAAGAGCCACAGAAUCCGUACGCUGCGCCUGUUGAGCCGGAAGUGAAACCAGCUGAAGACGUCCCUGUUCAAGAGAUAACGACAACAACGCUAAAGUACGUUCUAAACGAGGAUGCUGCUAAGAAGUACUGGGCAACAGCGACAUUCCCCACAACGACCGCAGCCCCGGCACCUACCACAACCCCUUCCGCACCGGUUCCUACCACAACCGCUUUCGUACCGAUGCCAGCGGAAGAUAAACCGGUGCAUGUUGGCUACGGUCUACCGGUCGAACCAGAGCCAGAGCCAGAACCAGAACCAGAAACUCUUCCUCCAGCAGAUGAACCAGUCAGCAAGCCAGGAGGUUAUUAG